AUUGUGGUAACGUGCUGCAGUUUUGAAGUGAACUGCCCCUUUAUAUUAAGGCUGCUGCAGGUCUGAAAGAAUGAGCUGUGAACACUGAACCUGCUGCUCCUCCGCUUAAUGAGGCGUUCAAGUGCUCCUCCUCAGCUCUUACAUCUGCCUUUAUCUGAAAACCAGGGACGGAACCUAUAUGUGUAACCUGAACUGCAGCUAUGUUUCCAUGUGUAGCUUAAGUGCCACGGCAGUUUUAAGAUCGUCUCCAUCUUCAACUCUGAUCUACACAGUGCUCCUGUGCAAUAAAGGCAUAUUACCUAUUUCAGCCUAAACUGUGAUGGACAUGUUGGAAAAAAAAAACCCAAGCAAACUAUGAAACAACUGGUUUUCAGCUGUUACAGCUGACUCAGUGUGGAGGGACCUUAACUUUACUUUAUCAAAUGACUUGUGCUACCCCUGUCUUCUGAAGACAUACCCCUGUGUGGAAAUCAGUCGCUAGAGUGGGCUCAUGGACUUCUUCAAAUUCAGAGGAGGGAAUCCAGCAUCACUGAGUCAGAUGGGACAGCGUUUCAUCAGCCUGUAAUGACGUGUUCAGUGUCAACAUGUGGACUUAAGAGGAAUGAGGAUGCAGCUUUACAUUCUCCAAAGAGCCCUCCAGGAGCCCUCUUUUUCCUGGGUGCUGACGCUGAAUGAUCCUCCUGCUCUGCAAACAGGAAACGAUGACAUGACUUCCACCCGAAGGAGGAGGAGCAAGAGGAGACGGUUCAGAUCGCUGCAGGCUGCAGUCUGCAGUCGGAGUGUUGUAUGGUGGAGCAUUGAGACGCUGUGGACGGCAGCCGAUGGAGCAGAGCUACGGGGAGGUGAACCAGCUCGGCGGGCUCUUCGUCAACGGCCGGCCGCUCCCUCACGCGGUGCGGCUGCGGAUCGUGGAGCUGGCGCAGCUCGGGAUGCGGCCCUGCGACAUCAGCCGCCAGCUGCGCGUCUCUCACGGCUGCGUGUCGAAGAUCCUGGCCCGCUACAACGACACCGGCUCCGUCCUGCCCGGCGCCAUCGGCGGCAGCAAGCCCCGGGUCACCACCCCCGCCGUGGUGAAGAGCAUCCGGGACUACAAGCAGGGCGACCCGGGCAUCUUCGCCUGGGAGAUCCGGGACCGGCUGCUGGCGGACGGCGUGUGCGACAAGUACAACGUGCCGUCCGUGAGCUCCAUCAGCCGCAUCCUCAGGAAUAAGAUCGGGACUGUUGAGAGCAACAGACCGGCCCCGGCUCAGCUCCAGUACGGACACGUUUACCCGUACUCCUCCUACAGCACCGGGGCCGCGGUCAGCCACACCGGGACCAGGACCAGCGGCGGGCCAGGACACGUCGGCCUGCCGCGGAGCUGGCACAACAUCCUGGGCCUCCGAGCCUUCAUGGACCCGACAGCACUGUCUGGACCCGAUGGGCACACUGCCAAAAUGGAGGAUUGGACCAGUGUGAGAGCGUUUCCCUCUGGACUCAAUGGAGUGGAGAAAACCAACAACGAGUCCGACCUCAAAUAUCCACAGCAGUCUCCGUCCAGUCUGCCUGGUUACGUCUCAGCUUGUGCGUAUUCUCCGCCGAACCAGUACGGCGUUUACGGCGGUCCGGCAGCCAACUACAUGAGCACUGGACACCACUGGCAGCCCCAGUCUACCACUCUGACUCCCAGUCUGACUCCCAGUCUGACUCAGAGUCCGACUCGUCCCGGUACUGCUGCUCCACCGGAGGCCGCCGACUUUCACACAGCAGCAUGCUUUAAACUUCAACAAAGAGAAGAGGACAGGAAACCUCAGAGUCCUCUGUGCAAACAUCACCACGCUGCUCACAGAGUGUCUUCAGCCACAUGACGACAAUGAGGAAAUGCAGCACGAAGAAGAAGAUCGGAAGCUGAGGGGCCGAAUGUCAGCUUUUAGGUUUCUGAAGAGACUCGUGAUGAAGUAACUAACCUGCUUCCAACCUGAGGGAGAAAUCUCCUCGGGUUGCUACAGCUCAUCCAUCAUGAACUCCUUUUCGGGACAUUAUUUCAUGAUUUAUUGCUGUUUCUCAGGACGAGCAGCACACAGACAUGUGGUGAAGGAAAAACACACCAAAGGCAGCCAGAAAUGUAAAGUACACCACCAAAUGAAGUCUGUUUUUUUUAAAUAUUUGUUUUUUUACCCUGAACAGAAAUCAUUUGCAUUCCAACAAACACAGUUGGAUAAGGAUAAUUUUGCAUUUUAGGAAAUAUGCUUCUUCUCUUUCUUGCCAAGGGUGAUAUUGAUAUUUUUCUUGUGUAUGGUUUCUGGGCCGGUGAGAUUUUUUAGCCCAGAUGUUAGAAUAAAAUGUUGGCUUUACACAUUUCUGCAAUCAAUGCAUACGAUCCACAUUAUUGUACAUGUUAUUGGAAUCAGAUCGACAUUUCUUCCUAUUUUAAGGCAAACAAUAAUUUUCUAACCCUAACCAAGUGGUUUUUGUGCCUAAAACCUAACCAGACAAUAAACACAGCGUUGUGACAAGACAAAUUGGAAACUGAACCCUAAACAAACCCAAGUUGCAGCAGAAAAGGAAUGUUAAGUUUCAACAUACCUGUGGUUUGCGGAAGUGUACAUUACCAACAUUUCCUCUAGUGAUUGAGUUGAGAUACUUUUUGUUGCUCCCAGUUGUUGUGCUACGCUAAGCUAACCGGCUGCCGACUGUUUCAGCAUUAAUCCUUCAUCUAGCUCGCCACCAAAAAGCGAAUCCUGUGCAUGUGUAUUUCCCCAUCUGUUCAAACUGUUGCAUGACGCUCCACCUUUUUCCGUUAUUCCGUCUUGAAUUGGAAUAUCUUUAAAGUGCAUUGGAGCCGCAUGAUCUUGUAAACUAUAUCGGUAAAGCUGUAAGUAUAUUUUUCUAUGAAUGUGCUUUAAUAAAGACGUAAUGCAAUAGAA